AGACGAUGCUCCCACGGACGCCACAGAACAUCCCAGACGGAAGUAACCCAUCCGCGGUCGUAUGGCCCCACGCGUCAGUGCCCGCCCCUCAGCCUGGGCCCGCGAGGCAGCGCGAUAAGUCGGUUUCCGGCUCCGGGUCACGGCGGUAUAUAUACCCGACCCGACCCGACCCGUUUUUCUCUCAAACCAACUCGAGCGUUCAGAGAGAGAGAUAGAGGCGCGCAGGCAUGGAGGUGGAGAGGAAGCCGGCCGUGCCGUCGAUUUCGUCGGCGUCAGUCUCCGGGACAGGCUGCGGGGAGUUCACGGAGGCCGACCUGGCCGCGGCGGACCAGCUGAUGCAGCUCAGCGUCAGCGGCGGCGGGGAGGAGGAGGACCAGGAGGCUUGCUCCUCGUCGGCGCGGUCCGUGAACAACGCUGUGGCUGGGGAGCGAGAAGAGCAUGCGGGGAUGGUGGACCGGAGGGCCAGGAAGCGGUACCGGCUGGUGUCGGAGCUCUACGCCGCCACGAGGGCACGAGGCUGCAGGUCAAGGCAGGCGGCGGGGGCAGCAAGCGGAAGAGCUAGCCUGGGACAGGAUAGACAACUGAAUUGA